AUUGUUUGGAGAUUGAACCUUUUUGUGCUGAUUCAGAUCUUACAAUAUGCUAUGUUGCGCAAGGCUUCAUCUUUUGCUAGUUUUUUUUAAUGUUUUCGGGUCUCUCAUUUGGGUUAACCUAUGUUUUUUCUGAAUCUAAUGGAAGAUCAGAGCAGUAGCGAUCAAAGUAUUACUGUCAAGUCUAAAAGAUGGCUCGAGCUGGGGGGAUAACGAAUGCUGUGAAUGUGGGAAUCGCAGUCCAAGCUGACUGGGAGAAUCGAGAAUUCAUUUCUCACGUCUCCCUCAAUGUUCGACGCCUGUUUGACUUCCUUGUGCAAUUUGAAUCUACUACAAAAAACAAAUUAUCAAAACUGAAUGAGAAGCUGGAUACAUUGGAGCGGCGCUUGGAAAUGCUGGAAGUGCAAGUCAGCAAUGCCACAGCUAAUCCUGCUCUCUUCACUUCUACUUGAUCUCCUCACCAUCUUUGUGAAAAAAUUGACAACAUGUGGUUAAUUUACUGGACUACUAUAUAUUCAUUUGUUUCUUACACCAAUGUACAUCGAUAUGUAAAACAAAUAUUUGACCCCGAAUGUGGUGCUGCUUCUCAUUUUAUGUACUACGAUUUACAUGGAAUUACUUCCAACUAAGGCCAUUUCCAACCUUA